UAGAAUUCAGUUAAUCUCCUUGUUGUUUUCUGCCGAUUCUCAGUGUUCUUGUCACGUGUUACGAGCAUUGAAAGUAUCGAUUUGAGGUUUUCUGUUUAGUUUUGGUUUUGUUGCUCUUUAAAUUGGUGCUUCUCUUUUAUUGUGAUUUGGUUUAUUUUCUCUCUCUUUUCUAUUUUAUUUAAUUGACAAUUAUGUCGGACAGUGAAAGUGAUGGUCUUGGCGAUGUUAAUGAUGAACUUAUCGAUCAAGAUCCUCCAUCAGAUCGAGAAGAUUUAAAUGAAGAUGGUGAUGGUGACGAUGUUACUUUUGAAUCUCUGGGUGUUUCUCCUGUUAUAUGUGAAGCUAUUGAAGCGAUGAAAUGGACAAAACCUACGAAAAUUCAAAGAGAAACAUUACCAGUUGCUUUGGAAGGUAAAGACAUUAUUGGUCUUGCUGAAACAGGAUCAGGAAAGACUGGUGCUUUUGCUAUUCCCAUUUUGGAAUCUCUAUUGGCCAAACCUCAAGGACUUUUUGCUCUUAUCUUGACACCAACACGUGAAUUAGCUUAUCAAAUUAAUGAACAAUUUAAUGCUCUAGGAGCCAGUUUUGGAGUAAAAUGUGCUGUGAUUGUUGGUGGUAUGGAUAUGAUGUCUCAGGCCAUGGCACUUGCAAAGAAACCACAUAUUGUGAUUGCAACUCCAGGAAGAUUAGUUGAUCAUUUAGAAAAUACUAAAGGGUUCACUCUUAAAACGCUUAAAUUUUUGGUUCUCGAUGAAGCUGAUAAAAUAUUAAACAUGGAUUUCGAGAAAGAAGUUGAUAAAAUAGUUAAAGUAAUUCCAAGGGAAAGGAAUACUUAUUUAUUUUCAGCUACAAUGACCAAAAAAGUGCAAAAACUUCAAAGAGCUUCGCUCAAAGAUCCGGUCAAACUUGAAGUAUCAUCAAAAUAUCAAACUGUUGACAAUCUUCAACAAUAUUAUAUUUUUAUUCCUCUCAAGUACAAAGAAAUCUACUUGACUUAUAUUUUGAACAAAUUUUCUGGUAAUUCUUUCAUCAUUUUCUGCAAUACCUGUAAUGCUACCCAAAAAAUAGCAAUGAUGCUUCGUAAUUUAGGAUUCACAGCGAUUCCUCUUCACGGACAAAUGAGCCAAAGUAAACGACUUGGAGCUUUGAAUAAAUUUCGUUCAAAAGCGCGAUCAAUUUUACUAGCAACCGAUGUGGCCAGUAGAGGAUUGGAUAUUCCCCAUGUUGACAUAGUUAUUAAUUUCGAUAUACCCUUUCAUAGCAAAGAUUAUAUUCACAGAGUUGGAAGGACAGCUCGAGCUGGACGAUAUGGUAAAUCGAUAACCAUAGUUACCCAAUAUGAUGUUGAACUCUAUCAAAGAAUUGAAUUCUUGAUUGGUAAAAAGUUACCGCUGUUUGAGACAACCGAACAAGAGGUGAUGCUAUUAACUGAACGUGUAAUGGAAGCUCAACGAAUCGCUAAUUCGGAAUACGUUGAAAGUCAGGAUAAAGGGAAGAAAAGAAAAUUCCGUAAAGAUGAUAAUGAUGAUACAGGUGAAGCUUUAUUAGGUAACAAGAAGAUAAGACCUAAAUCGAAAUUGAAAAUGAAACCCAAAUUUAGAUGAACAAUAAUCUUAUUCCAAGGUUAAUCAAUUGUUUUCCUCAGUUGAGAAUUUCAUUUUCAUCCUUUACAUACAUGAGAUUUGUAGAUCAUAUUGUUGAUUAAUUUUUAUCACAAUUUGGAAAUGAUUCAAAUUAACUAUACCCCAUUGAUCAUCAUCUAAGUAAUCUAACAAUCAAAUAUACUGUUUGUAUAUAUAAAUAUAUUUUUUACGCAUGAAAAAUAUUUCUGUCACCAAUUGAUCAUCCAAACUGAUUGUGUAAACAAAGAUAUACUUCCUGACUGCUGAUUAUCAUUUAUUCAUAAACUCGUAUCAUCAAAAGUUUACCUGUUUAAUUGUAAUCAACAAUCAACUUGGAUUUUUCUUGACGAACAAAACAAAACAAAAAAACAUCGAACGAAAAGUUAUUCUAUCUCAUCUUCAAUUCUACAAUCAAAUGGAACAUCAUCUUUACUUUUCUUGGUUAAACAAUUUACAGAACUAAAAAGAAAUUGAUUUAAUUCACUAA